AUGAGAAGCACAGAUUCCACCAUGACUGAUCUUUCUUUGCAGAUCAGUCCUCCAUCAAUAUCUAACUGUGGAUCCAAGUAUGAUCAUGGGCUGAUGAAAAUACCUGGCUUCAAUACUGAGAGGAGCUCUCCCAUUGAUUCGGCCAGCAGUGGAAGCGAUUUGACCCAUGAAAAUGGUAUCUUUCACCCAGAAAAGAAUUUUAAUCAUCCAUCUGUUGAACCCAGCUUGAGUCUUGGAUUUGAAACGGCAUGGUUGAAUCCCGUUCCGGUUCAUAUACCAAGGCAAUUUCAACAUUUUCAGACUCAAUUAUAUGGGAAGAGGGAGUUUAAAAGAAGUUCGAGAAUGAUUAAUGGAGCUAGAAGAAGUGUUAGAGCUCCUAGAAUGAGAUGGACUUCAACUCUUCACUCUCAUUUCGUUCACGCAGUUCAGCUCCUUGGAGGCCAUGAAAGAGCAACACCAAAAUCAGUACUUGAGUUGAUGAAUGUGAAGGAUCUAACCCUAGCUCAUGUGAAGAGUCACUUGCAGAUGUAUAGAACAGUGAAGAGCACUGGGAAAGGAGCAGGUGAAGUACAUACAGAUAUGGGACUGAAACACUGGACGAAAGGGAUAGAAGUUGAAGGCCUGUCUUGUGAAAAAGCUGAUAUUAUCAAAAAUGCUGAGAAAGCUUCAUUGGCAUCUGCUUCCCAUGGGCACUUGAGUUCUUCGCAUGAUGGAGCUAACGUAAUGAAGGUUGACGGACUCGAGGCAAACCACAACACAUCUGCAAUGAAUGAGAAGUUAGAUAGCUGUAAUAGUUCCUUGUCUUCUUCUGAUAUGUUACUUAAUCUUGAGUUUACCCUAGGAAGAUCAAGCUUUCAAAUGGACCACUCUAAAUCUUCCCUUCUCAAAUGUUGA